AUGGGAUCAUCAACGAUCAAAUUAUGGGGAAUGUUUGAAGGAUUGAUAUGGACAUUUGAAGGUGAAGGUGAAUGGGGUGAUACAGUAUAUACAGUAUCAAUGUGCCAUGGCUGGGAGGAUAUGUCGAUGAGGGCACGUCUGAAGGAGCGACGCGCGCUAGGUGUUGCAAAGAAUGUGGGGGACGCGUGA